UCAAGCCUUGAUCAUUAUUCGACACCACCCAUCUCUCCUGCUCUCUCUGUUUCUCUCCUCCUUCCUCCUUCUGUCUCCCCACCUCUCUUCUCUGCUCCGCUUUGCUCCUGCCAGGAGAAAUGAUGAUGAUGAUGAUGUUAUACUGAGACCAGCCAAUGGUGAAACGGGAAGCAAGGAGAAUGGGUGUGUCCAGAGGCCAGGCUCGGAGCUGUUCGAUGCUGAGGAGGCUGAAGAGGAAGCACGGGAGGUAGAGGAGGGUGGGGGAGGCCUUGUCCGAACUGAGGAGAGCCUACGCUGGCUUAAAAAAGGGGGGAGAAGAGGAGGAGGGGGAGGAGGAGGAAGGAGGGAGGAAGGUGUCGGCCGAGGGGGGACUCAACCUGUGCUGUCAUGGACAAAUAUCGACCAAAGAGACCAACUACCCUGGCUCUGUUUCCACAGCUGCCACAAGCCGGCACCCAGGACUCCAUCAACAACAACUCUUUGGGCAAGAAGGACAGUUGGAAGGAGGCCCACUCCUCCUCCCCACACAUAACAGGGGAUCUAGCUGCAGUGGACGUCCAACCCAAAGUUGGGGACAAAGUCCAGCACAGCACCCGCCGUCCAGCCCCCAAACCACCCACAGCCAAUGGAGCCAAAGGCAGAGGCAGCGCUCAGACGGCGCCCACCGCCGCAGACAGUCGCACCCGAGCACUGGACAGACAUGUGCCGGCGAUCACACACACACAGGCUUCCAGCACACCGCGGAGUCAGCGACAAGGAGGAGGAGGAGGAGGGGGAGGAGGAAGAGGCCUGGGUAAAGGAGCAACGGCAAUGAGAGACAGGAACCUGGGAGAGGUCAAAGGAAAGAAUGGAGUGACCGCAGGGAAGGAGGAGAGACGAGGAGGACGACUGUGUGAGUCCAGGGAGAGAGAGAGAGACGCGCCUCAGAGGCCGAGAGAAGCCAACGGGCUGAAAAGCCGGGGGGGCGACAGGAAAGGAAAAGUGGGCGCCAAAGCAGGGAACAGAGGUGGAUUCAAGCAAAACAACUUAAUGUCUAGCCACGAGGUUUAUCUGACGGCCAUGGUGGUUCCACGCACGCCCGUGGCACCGAGGACCCAGGACCAGGCCCCAGACCCAGGCCAAAAUCACGACGGGACCCAGGACAACCCUCCUGCCCUUUCUAGGUCAAGCAGCGAGGGGGGGUCGAACAGAAUGUCCCUCAGCUCUGACACAGAAGGGCCCCCACCAGGACCCCUUCACCCAUCUCUGUCCCACCGAAUCAACCCGGACAUCAGCGAAGAGGAGGGAGAGGUGGACAACGGGCCGACCCACUGCCCCCCGGCGGUGGACGGCACCGAGCCGGAGGUGGACCCGGGGGGGGGCGGGGACCCGACAGCGGAGGCGGACGGCACAAACUCUAUCACUCAGGGAGAUUCUGUAGCUGCUGAGACUGUACCAAAAAGCGAACCCACAGCGGGCUUAGAGUAUGACUCUGUCAAAUACACUCUGGUGGUGGAUGAACACGCUCAGCUGGAGCUGGUCAGCCUCAAGGACUGCUUGAACGGUUAUGAGCACAACGGGGACAGCGAUGCAGAAACAGUGUAUCAGUCGGCCAAUGAGGAGGAAGAUCCAGAGUACGAGGAGGAGAGGAAGAGGAGGGAGCAGAUCAGGAAGCAAGAAAGGAGGAAAGACGACGAAAAAAGACGAAAGGAGGACGAGACCAGAAAGUGGAGGGAGGAAGAUGUGAAGCGGAGGAGAGAGGAAGAGGUGAAGAGGAGGAGAGACGUGGUGGCCAGGAUCUGCAAACAGACCAAGGUGAUGUCGACCACUACGUCGGAAGAAGACGAGUCCAGCGGAGGAAAAGCUGCAGCUCCCAGAAGUAGGAAGUUCCUGAAUCUGUUUGCCGACGGCCACAGCCCCUACAGUGCCACAGGCGCUGAAUCCUUCGGCAUGUUCUCCUGCGUCCUGCACGGCGUGGAGCGGCAGCAGAGCCACAGAGCCGUCUACAGGUUCGUCCCUCGGCACGCGGACGAGCUCUACCUGGAGACCGACGACCCGGUGCUGAUGCUGAGCCAGUCGGAGGACCUGUGGUGUCAGGGCUACAACAUGAGGACGGGCGCCAGCGGCAUCUUCCCCGCGUUCUACGCUGUCAAGGUGCCCAGAGACAUGAACCACGGUCAGGGAGGCGCCUGCAUGGAGCAGUUCCUGGUGAGGUUCCUGGGUUCGGUUCAGGUCCCCAUCCAUAAAGGCAACGAUGUGCUGUGUGCUGCCAUGCAGAAGGUGGUGUGUAACCGGCGGCUGGCGGCUCAGCCCCCCUCCGUGUGCGUGCUGGAGGUCAGCGUGGAGGGGGUGAAGAUCAGCGUCCAGGACCAGUGCCACUCAGCCAACAGGGGCGACCGGUGUUUUCAUUUUUUCCAGCUGAAGAACAUCUCGUUCUGUGGCUGUCAUCCAAAACACAGCAAAUACUUCGGUUUCAUCACCAAACAUCCAGACCAGCAGCGCUUCGCCUGUCAUGUGAUGGUGGCGGAGAGCACGUUGCAUCCUCUGGCUCAGUGCGUGGGGAGGGCCUUCCAGCAGUAUUACAAGGAGCACGUCGGCUACUCCUGUCCCACUGAAGACAUCUUCAUUGAAUAGCAUCGCUCUCACUUUGUGCAUGUAAGCAUGGUCUUACACCACAGACUGAACCCCUCAUAUAGCUUCAGAGUAACUUGUGUGGUGGAUUUUCUUUUGUUAGCUGCAUCAAGUAAUAUAGCAAGUUUCACUUCCUUUAGCCAGCGGCAAUAUGAAUAACUCUACGGGUGAACAGGGUCACAUGGGAUGAACCCCGCCCACACAAAUAAAUGAUAUAUGAAUGAUAUAUCUGAUGACCUAUGAUUGAGACUAUACCAAUAAUAAUUAAUUUAAAACCAAGGAGAUAAUAUGGCCGUAAAUGCAAUUGGGUAACGUGUCAGGAUUAGUUUGUCCUCCAGGUAGACUGACGUCUAUAGAGCCGCACAGUUAACGAGAAAAGGCUGAAUAUGUUUAAAUCAGACAGCUUUUCUAGCUGCAGACAUGUAAGAAGAUAAAACCCUAUAGAAUGAGGCAAUGAACAUCCCUGUGUCUUACAGCCCACGUGACAAUCAGCUGUUGCUAAGGUGUUUAGACUUGCUUUGCUGUGACCAGCUCCUCUGGUUGCUGCUUGAUGUUUGCUUCCAGGUUCUGCAGGAUUUCAGGAGGCAUCACUUCAGCUUGUGCUUGCUGUGCAUUGCUGGACCACGUCAGUGUAAACGGCUUUGUUUCAGAUCAGAUAGAAACGCUGGAACCUUCACAACCUUCCCUCAGAGAUUAGCUUCAGCUAAUCUGAGCUGCACCAAUCAACAUUUUUCACACGAUUGGCCAAAACUGCAGUUGCCCUCAGCUCUGGCUCGUUGGCCAAUCUUUUCUUUUGUCCCAGUUACAAAUCCAUCUGUGCUCCUCCUGGUCCAUGCUCUAAUCAAGGCAUCAGCUCACAACUACAGUACGAAGAGGAGAACGUUGAUUCGCAUCUUUCUGACGUGUUACUGUUGUGAUGUAGCUUGUGCUGCAUGCUGCCCCCUAGUGGUCAACGAAAAUCCAAACACGCUGCUUUAAGAUGUGGGACAUGAGCAGCCGGACUCCAAACACCGGGAAUGGACAGAUGGAAGCACUGGAAGAUAGAGCCUGAGGUGUGUUAUGAUCAGAAACAGUGCCUUUGUGGUCUAGUGAUCAUGACUGUCCUGUGAUUUGCCUGUUCAAAUGUUUUCAUUCACACUACCUAAAGAGAAGAGUCUCACGAUCAUGACCUUUGACCCGUACCUAAGAUGGCUUCCAUGGAAAUUCUAGUGAUUUUGCUGAGACCUGGCCGCUGGCGCACGCUCUCCCUGUGUCCCCGACCUGGUCUCGCUGGCUGGCAUGAAGACAACACCGUAGCCAGGUGCUGUGGUCCAGUGCGUUCUGACUGGUUAAUGUAUUAACUAUAGGACUGACUUUUCUAUAGAAAGAGUCUAAUCUAGGAUUAUUGUUAUGCAAUGAUGAGAGGAUUAAUAUUAGCAGUUAUUAGUCAGAUUAUUUCCUGCUGUUGUAGGUUCCAAAAUACCAAAUAGUUGUACGUGGCAUGAAGCAUUUUAUUGAAUAAGGCAUGAUAUUAGCACUGCAACAUCACAUGCGAUUGACCUUUGACCUUUGAUUCAGCCACUCAACAAGGCAACAGAAGCACCAUUAGCGCUUCCUGUUCACUGGGAGGAAGGAAGGCUGGAUGUCUGCUGCUUGAGUCGCCUUCUGACAUCUCCAGUAAUGAGGCGUGUUACCACACGUUUAUUUCCAUGUCAGCCACCUCAGGUCGUUGCAGUACGUUGUUGUGUCCACCAGGAAGUGUCCUUUCCAUGUCUGUGUGAUUCUAACUCUACGGGAUCUACUGAACUUUAUCCAUCCAUAGAGAUUCGUUAUGUAUAGGUGCGUAUGUAGAGUCCAGAUGGUAACUACUCAGACAGUUACACACGUCAGCACAUCCAGCUUUAAAUAAAGUAACUGACAUAUAGACUUAUUAGCAUUAGAUACUCACACAGUUCUUCCUAUAGUGACAUAAUCAUGAUCAGAUGAAAGAUGUGAGACCCGACGAUUUGUUUCAAACUAAAUGUGCUGAGAACCAGAACCUGAUGCAGGUAAAUGUCUAAAUACUUGCUCUGGACUGUACGUAUGUGUGUAUAGAGUUAUUAUUGUAUGCUGUCGGUAUAACCACAACCUGGGUGUAACACCGCAUGAAAUCAAUGUUGUAAACUGAAGACAAGAUGCAGAAAGUGGUGGCGAUAGUGACGGUGAUGAUUCUUGUUAAUAAACCAUUUAGAAAUGA